CCGUCAUGCGCGACGGUGGCUGGGGCUGGCUGGCGGUGAUCCCUAGGCUGGGCCGAGAUGCCGUCCGAGCGGUAUCGCUGGGAGACCCUGGAAGCGCUGAAGGGCUCCAGCAAGGGGCAGCUGAGCUACUCCCGGGACUGGCUGCUGCGGGGUGAGGAUAUUUUGGAAGGAUGCAGGUCCCCUCCCAAGUUGUCGUCCUACUCUGGCUGGGUGCUGGAUCGAGUGAUCUCCCAAUCUCUACAGGAAACACCUCUCUCCCGAAGUUCAACACCCAAUGAAUCCAUUCCCCCUACAGAUGACCAGCCGCCCUCCCUUGCAAAGACCACUUCUCCUGCCAGCCAGCUGCGCUCCUCACCACUUUCAUCUGCAGCACCCAGUGAAACAAAGGGCAAUGAAGAUCUUAGUCUGCUGGAGACAGACCAUGAAGUCCAUCUUAUGGUUCUACCAUCUAAAGUUACAGAGGUGGAAGGCUGCAUAUGGAUGUACGAGGAGGUCCAUAGGUUGAAAGGAAAGGAGGGGCUCAGGCAGCGGCAGGAGCAGCAAGAGCAGGUGGUGAGAGCGGUUUCUGAUAUGGCGAGUGAGCAGCUGAAGCGCUUUGAUGAGCUGAAGGAAUUAAAACAGCACCAGGAAUACCAGGACCUGCAGGAAGUGAUGGAGAAGAGCUCCAGGGAGGCCCAGGGUCAGCAGGAGAAGUUGAAAGAGGAACAUCGACACAGAGCAAAGAUUUUAAACCUGAAACUUCGUGAAGCAGAACAGCAGAGGCAGCGUCAGGAGGAGUUGGAGCGUCUGCGCAAGGAAGAAGGCCAGGAAAGGUUGCGCCGGCUCUAUUCCAUCCAGGAAGAGGUGCUGCAGCUUAACCAGCAGAUUGACCCCAACUACAGACAUAAAGACUUGCCAAGGAUAGAUCUCUCAGGGUUCAGUAACCGUGGCAACCAGAUCUGCGGGCUCGUGUCAGGGCUCAUUCGCACCACUAGUGAGAGAGGUUUCCCUACUCAGGUAGAUGUAGCCAACACUGAGCGAGCACUGCAGGAAAUGCGAGGGUUAAUAUCUAGCAUGCAACAAGAAAUUGCCACAGCUUUGGAAGAGAAAAGGAAGCGGGAUGAAGAAGAGGAGAGAGAGAGGCAGAAGGAGUUACAGAAACAAGAGCAGCUGAAGGCCCAGACUCCAGUCCCUGCACAACAUCCGCGGGGAAAAGAACAGAAGGAAGUAUUAGGACUUCAGGUUAAGGCAGAGGAGAGCACAAUGCAGUGGUACCAGCAAUUGCAGGAUGCCUCUGACCAGUGUGUUGCUUCCUUUAGUGGAUUGACUGACGGCAAAGACAAUCAGGUGAAGAAUAUCAGAAUGGAUCUCCAGAAAGCAGCCAGCAUCCCUGUGAGCCAGAUUUCUUCCAUAGCAGGCUCUCAGCUAAGAGAGAUAUUUGACAAAAUCAAUAACCUUCUCUCUGGAAAGUCUGUUCAGUCUGGAGGGCGAACUGUUUCGGUGACUCAACAUCCACAGGGUCUGGAUUUUGUUUAUUACAAACUGGCGGAGAAAUUUGUGAAACAAGGAGAAGAGGAAGUGGCUUCUCACCACGAGGCAGCUUUCCCAAUUGCUGUGGUGGCUUCAGGAAUCUGGGAAUUGCACUCCAGGGUGGGAGACCUCAUUUUAGCUCACCUGCACAAAAAGUGCCCCUACUCUGUACCAUUUUAUCCUGCGUUCAAGGAGGGGACUCCCAUAGAAGAGUAUCAGAGGAUACUUGGUUAUCAAGUUAAGGAUUCCAAGGUAGAGCAGCAGGAUAAUUUCCUUAAACGGAUGUCUGGAAUGAUCCGUCUUUAUGCUGCUAUCAUUCAACUACGGUGGCCUUAUGGAAACAAACAAGUGAUUCACCCUCAUGGGCUGGGCCAUGGAUGGCGCUGGCUGGCUCAAAUGUUGAACAUGGAGCCUCUCUCUGAUGUGACAGCUACACUUCUCUUUGAUUUCUUAGAGGUGUGUGGCAAUGCGCUCAUGAAACACUACCAGGUCCAGUUCUGGAAGAUGCUGCUACUUAUCAGAGAAGACUAUUUUCACAGGAUUGAAGCAAUCACCAUCUCUGGACAGAUGGGGUCUUUAAUGCGGCUUAAGCAAUUCUUGGAGAAAUGUUUGCAGCGGAAGGAAAUUCCUUUACCAAAGGGUUACCUGCCUUCUUCCUUCUGGAGGUCAUAAGUCGGUUCCUUCCCAUUUUCAUCUUCACAAGAGUUCAAAGAAUUUCCUGACCUUAUUACAUUGAGGACCAAGAAUACAUAGAAAUGUAAAUCUUACAUUUGUAUUUACAUGGAUGCUGUGGAUAUUUUCAACUGAAACAUUUUUACCCAUCUUUGAUCCUAUUUUAUGUUGAACAGAAUUUGGAGCUUCAGUAACUAACUUGUCUCAUGUAACUUAUUUUGCAAAUUAUUUUAAGCCAUCUGUUUGCAUUUGAUUAGCUUUACGGACUCUAUUGUGCAGUGUAUUAUUAUGGAAUAUGAGAGGCUCCUUCACAUCUUGAACAAGUACAGUGAAUAAGUGUCAAGUGCAUAAACUUGUCUAAAUGCUCCAUUAGACUUCAGAGUUUACUUACAGUAAGCAAUGGGUUUCAGGUGGGAAUUUUGCUCUGAAUUGAUCAAUCUGUCACAGUUUUACAUGAAACUGCAAAUAGAAAUACCUCAGUACUUUAGUCAUAUUAAGGUCUAAAUGUAAGAAAUCCUUCUGUAAAACUUUAUUUUUGCAUUUUAUGUGAUUAGGUAUUUUAAAGUUAUUGUUUCAUUGUUAACAGCAUUGGAGCCCAUAGGAAAAUUCAUUUUGUAUCUGGCUGCCUAAAAAUCCAAAGCAGCAAAAGAGGUGGUUAUGUUAACAAGGCUGAUUUGAUGUCGGUCAAAUGUCACUUUGGUCUUAGAGACAGCAUUGAUCUCUUCAUCUUUCCCCAGGGAAGGCCUUAAAAUCACCAGCUCUUUCGUUUUAACUUGGAAAUUCUGAUUUUUCCUACUGACGCAGCAUUCCUUAUUUACCUGGGUUAGACUUGAUUUUACAGCUACAUAGGCAAUAUGAUGGCUGCUGAAGAACAGAUCGCUGCUUUUUGUUUUGGGGAUUUUUUUAAAGGCUUUGCAUGUGUGUAAUAUCUUUACUGUGAGGUUCAUGAAACUAGAAGGAACUGUGCAUCCAUGAUCCACCACAUGAAAUC